AUAUUAUUGUAUCAAGCAACUUGACGUGGAACGAAUGAGCUGAAGACCGCGGCGUUUUGAUAACUAGGGAACAUUGAAAUUUAGGAGUCUAAGCAUAUAUUUUAUUACAAAAUGGGUCUUACAGUUUCAGCAUUAUUUAAUAGACUUUUCGGAAAACAAAAUAUGAGAAUUUUAAUGGUUGGUUUGGAUGCUGCAGGAAAAACUACAAUUCUUUAUAAACUGAAAUUAGGGGAAGUUGUAACAACAAUACCAACAAUAGGAUUUAAUGUAGAAACUGUUGAAUAUAAGAAUAUCAGUUUUACAGUGUGGGAUGUAGGUGGUCAAGACAAAAUUCGUCCUCUAUGGCGCCAUUAUUUUACCAAUACUCAAGGUCUCAUUUUUGUGGUUGAUAGUAAUGAUAGAGAGCGAAUGUCUGAAGCUUCAGCUGAGUUAAAUAAAAUGAUAAAUGAAGAUGAACUUAAAGAUGCAACCAUUCUAGUAUUUGCCAAUAAACAAGAUCUACCACAGGCCAUGUCCGUUUCUGAAAUGACUGAAAAACUUGGUUUACAUAAUCUUCGAGGUCGAAAGUGGUAUGUUCAAUCUGCAUGUGCUCCUCAAGGUACAGGUUUAUACGAAGGACUUGAUUGGUUAUCUAAUGAAUUGUCAAAGUAGUUAACUCUUAGCUUAAAAAACGUCAAUUUUGCAUUUCUAUGAAUCCAAACAGCUUAUUCAUUGUACUUAGACGAAAUUGUAUGUGUAUGUAUGCUCGCUUAUCUGUAACAUACAUAUGCUCAUAAUGAAGAAACGUUACUUUCCAAGCUUACGUUCCAGUAUGAGAAAGUUAUAAUUUUUAAAAGAGUUUCAAUGUUGCGCUGCUAUGUAGAGAUUGAAUUUUUUUAUUAAUUUUUGUCAUUGCUUUAUAAUUAUAUGGUUUCUUUAUUGUUUUAAUGUAUUAUUUUGCAUUUUUUCUUGACGUUUUUUCUCAAUAUUUUAUAAAUGGGAACUCGUUACUAAUUUUAAACUUAAAUGUAAGUAUGUUACUAUAAUUACGGUGCGCACAUAUGUUUUGUUGGAUAUUAAUUUAAUGUAAAUUUGUUUUUUUAAAAUUAUUUAAUAACCAUUAAUGUUUCUUUUCAUGAUAAUUAUUUGGAUAUUUA